CUGGACCCAUGAACCGGUCCAACUCCUCCUACUCCUCAGAGAGAGAGAGCGAGAGAGACAGAGAACCAGAGAGAGUGAGCAUGCUGACUUCAGACUGACAUUUGACUCCUCGAUCCACAGGCAACGGUGGUGACUGUGCAGGCGGGACCCUCUCCUUCCUUCUGCGAUCGCUCUGAGAGUUUGAUCCUCUGUGAAACAGUGUGCUUCUUCCCUCUCCGUUUUCUUCAUUUAAAGAGCUGACGGGGUACUCUGAAAGUCAUGGGAGUGGUCCAGAAGUUUUGGAAUGUGCUUAUAAAGGGGGAAAAGCCUGACAACUUGACUCCUUAACCAUUUUUUAGUCUUUUUGCCUCUUUCUAGAGAUUGCUGCUGAACUCUCCUUCCAGGCACUGGUAUCUGGAUCUACUUGUGUAACAAUCCUGACUACAGCAAAAACCUUUUUUUUUUUUUUUUUGUUACACUUUCUGCUCUACCGACUUUUUCUUUUGUUUGUCCUGGGCUGUUCUUUACUGAAGAGAAAGUAUUUUAAAACACAAAUCUACUGCUCUCCACUUUGAGGAACACUUGCUGGAAUUUUCUCAGAUUGUGCAAGUGUAGGUGUUUUGGGACUCAUCCCUUCCUCCUUUGGGGGGUUUGGGGUGGGGAUACCAUACCGUGGCCCUAGACGACCUGUUGGGAGCUGUGUUUCUAUCUUAAGCAGAAGACUAUCUUAGAAGACUGUAGGAAAGGAGCGUGAACCAGAAAAGGAGGGACUCUCUUUUACGGGCCCUUUUGUUUUUUAUGGAAAGAGCAUGAUGAAGAGUCAAUCUGCUCCCCAUGUCGGCUACUAUUAGACUACAGCCCGUGUACUCAUGGAAGGGGGUGCUCAAGCUCUUCUCUUGCAUAGCGGCCAGAACUGCUAGUAAACCUAAAGAAUUGAUCCUGAGAUUUGGUACAUCGAGACAGGUCACUGUAUGACUCAUGAAUGGAUUCAUAACUUAAUCACGAGGUUUUCAACCUAGCAGCAGAGUCAAUUACGAUUGUUGAUAUCAAAACAAAAUUGAGUUAUCAGCUUUUUAGUCCCCGUUUGCUUUUGGUCAUUCUGAUCCAUGAUAUUGACCAUCUGCCUGAUUUAGACUUCUACAUCUCUUAAACUGCUGAAUAAUUUCACCAGAUACUUUAAUGCACAUUGAGCGACCUUCCAUUUUGAAUGGCUUCUGAUGAAAUAUUGAAGUGUGGUCUAAUGCGGAGAAAUCAAUGUGAAGCCCAGACGCUGUUGUGCUGUGCAUUAGUCCUGCCCACCAUGCGUAUCAGCUUUAUAAGGCUUCAUGUUAGAAAGGCUAAAAAUUGUAUAAAGCUGUAUUCAUAGGGCCACUGAAAGGAGGUCGGUUGGAGGGGUGUGUCUAUUUCUCAACAUCAUGAGGUCCACACAUUUCAAAGAAAGAAGAAAGACGUAUUUGGAAAUCAUAUGGACGAAGAAAUGAGUCGCCAGACUGCCACAGCGCUGCCCACAGGAACCUCUAAGUGUCCCCCUUCUCAGCGCGUCCCUACCUUGUCGGGCACCACUGCAUCCAACAGUGACCUCGCCAGCCUGUUUGAGUGUCCGGUCUGUUUUGACUAUGUGCUGCCACCCAUCCUGCAGUGCCAGAGCGGGCAUUUGGUUUGUAGCAACUGCCGGCCCAAACUCACCUGCUGCCCCACCUGCAGAGGCCCUCUUGGUUCAAUCCGCAAUUUGGCCAUGGAGAAAGUGGCCAACUCAGUGCUUUUCCCAUGCAAGUAUGCCUCAUCGGGCUGCGAAGUCACCCUACCGCACACAGACAAAGCUGAACAUGAGGAGCUUUGUGAAUUCCGGCCAUACUCUUGCCCCUGUCCUGGCGCCUCCUGCAAGUGGCAGGGAUCUCUUGAUGCUGUCAUGCCCCACUUGCUGCACCAACACAAGUCCAUAACCACGCUACAAGGUGAGGAUAUUGUCUUUCUGGCCACAGACAUCAACUUGCCUGGGGCGGUGGACUGGGUCAUGAUGCAGUCAUGCUUCGGCUUCCAUUUUAUGCUUGUGCUGGAGAAGCAGGAGAAAUAUGACGGCCACCAGCAGUUCUUUGCCAUCGUGCAGCUGAUUGGCACACGGAAACAGGCAGAAAACUUCGCAUACCGGCUGGAGUUGAAUGGGCACCGGCGGCGACUCACCUGGGAAGCGACGCCACGUUCAAUUCACGAGGGCAUCGCCACCGCCAUCAUGAAUAGUGACUGCCUUGUGUUUGACACCUCCAUUGCUCAGCUGUUUGCAGAGAACGGCAACCUGGGCAUCAACGUCACCAUAUCCAUGUGCUGAGGACUAACAGCCGUGCAUACUUGAAUGCAUACACACACAUACAAACAUGAAACCAGACAUUUCAAUACACCGCAGGAUACCUUGAGUUGUGCUUGGGGGCUGGGGGAGUAGCUAAACUGGGGAACAUUUUGCUGUUGUUUGUUCCGAGUAGUCAUAAAAAAAAAAAAAAUGUUAUUGGUUGGAGCUUGGCAAGUCCAACCAGAACUCCUGGGUUCUCAGUUUUAUGCUACAAUAUUAUAUAAGUUAAAUAAUUAAUGUAUUCUACAUUUUUGAGAGCAACAGUCAUUGCCCUUGAAGGUGUCGGAAAGCCACGUUUAUGGGAUGGACAUUUGAAAAUGUGGCAUUUGGAGCGGUGAGCUGGAUGACGGUUGGGAAUAUUGAUCAAUUCUGGAGUGGGUUUGCUCAAAAUGCGCAACCCUUAGAGCAAGUUUUUGUUCGUUCUGUUGUUGUUUCCCAAGACGUUUUGCAUUUCAGUUCAGAUAAAACACUAACUUCUAUGUUCAAAUAUUAGGUUUUGUUUUAUUCUAAUCUCCCCCUCGCCCCUUUUUUGUUCCCUUAAAUUGUUCCUACCUUGAGUAUGAUACGGAAAGGUUCUGGCAAUUGGUGCAUGACCACUGGAUAAGUUAUAACAAGUCCAGAUUUCAUUUUAGAAGUCUUGUUUGUUUCUGCCUGUCGCUGCAGUGUUCCUCCUGUUUGUUUUUGAAGGGAUGGCUUGGCACACGCACAUCAAGCCAAGCUAUAGAAGCCACACUUCUUCGUUUUUUUUAUAUCAAAUACUCUUAAAAGAUAGAUUCAAGUUGUACAGUAUGUGUGAGAUCAUAAAUUUGUUUUCCUAACCUGGAAGCCCUCAAUUACAAACGCUGGAGUCAACACUGCAUUGAAUAUCAGGCUAGGAACUGGGGCAAUUAAUAGUUAUUAUAAUGAGAUUAUUGUCAUAAUUAUCAUUUUGUAAUGACUUAUAAGAAAAUGGAAUGAAAAAGGCUGUUGUAACCUUGUGGCUAAUCUUCAGUGUUUGUAGAUAGUGUUGUUCUUCAGAAGACAUCAGUGUCUUUUUUUCUCUUUUUGUAAGUCAAUAUUUUUGUUGCUGUUGUUCUUUGUAUGUCUGCAUUUCUGUUUUUUGCAAGGAUAGGGUGAAGCAAAGCCAAACAUCUCUAUAGAUACAUUGUACUGUUGCUAGUCCUGAUCUCUAAUUUUAUUUGUUUUUGUUCUAUUUUGCCAGUAAAUAAAUCUAUCUUUUUCAUA